AUGGCGAAAAAUAAAAAGAGAGACCCAAGAUAUACUAAGUCGAGAGCCGUGAAAAAUUCAGCCAAGAAAGCCACCGCCGCAGCUGUAUUAAAAAGGAGGCAGCUGAAAGAAGAAAGAGAACGUUUAGCUGGAGAUCAAGAGUCGGUAAUCGAUUUUGAUACUGUACCGGAGGCUCAAGAUCAGGAGGAGGAGGCGGUUGCCGUCGAGGAGCCGGUCGAGGAGCCGGUUGAGGAGCCGGUCGAGGAGCCGGUCGAGGAGCCGGUUGAGAAGCCGGAUGAGGAGCCUGGUCAGGAGUUGGUUGCUUCGCAGCGGCCGGAGCUUGAUCAGGAUCCGGAAAUAGAGGAUGAACCAUCUGCCUCAGAGGAUGAUGAACAAAAAGCUGGGACAGAAGAAGAGGAGCCGGUGGUAGAGCCAUUAACCCCGAAAGACGUUACAGUUCAACUUCAACGAUUGGAUCUAUCACCGGCGACGCUUCAAAGACUCAAAAGAGUUCAAAAAGCGAAAACAAGAAAGGAACGUGAAGACAGUUCAAAGAGUGGCUCCUCCCCACCAAAACGAACCAGAAGUCAGACCCGAAGACCAACUAGUGCAGGGUCUUCUUCUGAAACGGCCGAUCCCGAUGGUGAAGUAACACGGCACUACACAGGGAAAAAGGUUGGUCUCACGAACGCGACUUUGAGGUGUCGUGGGCCUCGCGUUCUUACAGCGCAUCCGUUCCGGCUGGCCAAAAAAACGAACUCAGAUUCGGCCAAGCUGAACAUGCAAAAGAAGGCCGAUGCCAAAAAAGUCGCCCAACAUAAAGCCGUCAACCGGAAUUGGAAAGAAUGCAAAGUCUGGGGCGACGUUGGGAGACAAUCAUGGGCUGAUGAUGAUUCACCGAGGCUUCAGUUCCAGGAAAAGGCAAUUCAGUUUGCACCCCUAGAAGAACCAGGCCCCGUGUUGAGUCAAUUCAGUUUUGUUUUCGAGUCCCCUCGGAGUUUUCAAGUCGAUGCUUGGUGGUGA